UAUAUACACAUAACGACGUUGCGAACUCAGGUGCCAAAGUUCCCUGCAAUCAGGACCAUGGAUAGCUCCAAUCUGUGGACGCGAAUUGUUGUGUGCGCCGUACUUCUUUUAUUGGUGACCGGUGCCAGAGCGAACGAACCAGAUCCGGAGAUCGAGGUGGAAGUGGACACAAGAGCCAUCAGAGACUUCUACCCCAAAGACCCGAAUCUAACAAGUGAAAAACAGCUUCUCGGGGCUCUGCAAGAAGUUCUGGAAAAGCUGCAGACGAAACGAAUUCCACCUUGGGAGAAGAAAUUUGGUCAAGUUCCCAUGUGUGAUUUGGGGGAGCAGUGCGCAAUCAGAAAAGGAUCUCGAAUCGGCAAGAUGUGCGACUGUCCGCGCGGGGCAUUCUGCAACUUUUUCUUGUUAAAAUGCUUGUGAUGGAAAUAUAAUCUACAUUUUUGUUUGGAUUGAGAUGAUAUGGAGGGAAUGGAUAUGCAUUAUAUAAAACAAUAUUGCAAUUUUAUUUAUAUUACAUUUUUUUAUGUCCGGGAAUACAACGAAGAGAACACUUGGGCUAUGUGAUGUAAAUGUGACAUUAUACAAUUUCUUGUUAAUCUGCUGUUUUGUGUA